UUAUCAGGUUGUAAUAGCAAGUGUAAUGUUGUGAAAAUUUUCAAAUUCGUAAAUGGGAUAAUGUUCAUAUAGUGAAAAUGGAGCCAACAUCUAAACUUUCUUUAAAAUGUUAAAAUAUGUCUGUUCAUGUGAAAUUAGCAAGCUUUUCGAUAGGCCUAGAUACAAAAUGGGAAAUGCUGGAACGUGUUGAGCUGAUGGUUCAAGUAUUAGUUGGUUUUAGUUUGUUAGUUAGCAGCAUCAGCAUCAGCAACAGCAUCGGUGGCAAGUAGAACGAAUGCAAAAUUUUCAUCCCAGUUCGAUAAUGGUAGAAAAGCUAGACCAUUUGAUUAUCAAAAGUGAACCUUUCUAUGCCGUCGAAGAAACUGAUCUCCUGAAUGGAAUCGCCAACAGUCAUCUGUCGCAGGGUGAUAGCGAUCUACGAUCGCUUUGUCUAAAUCGAUUAGGACUUUGCGAGGAAACUGUGGCACUUUUGGAAGCCCAGCAAAUUGAUGUUGAAUGUUUGAAAAAGAUGCGCUUCGAGGACGUUGAUGUUCUGUUCGAUGGACGCCCACUAGGGCCAAAGAUUCACUUCAGAGAGGCGCUCAUAUCGUGGCGCAUAGACAUAGGAUUGCCGAUGAGAAGCUUACGGAUGAUUUCCUACCGGAAGCGAUCGGGUGACCAGCUGGAUGCUAUAUCAGCAACGCGACUGAUUAAGUAUCCAAACACCGGUAGCAGUGAACCUACGAUGAAUAGUGCCAUCAUGGCUGAGACUUACAAGUCUCACAAAGCAGUACCUAACAUUUCCUAUAAGAACUUCACUUGGCCAAUGACGGUAGAGGUUCUGAAGGAUAUACUCAAUAGUUGUAGCGUAGGAAGGUUGAUUCUGCACUCCGGGGAGUUGGGCAGUUUAGAAAAGUCAUUUCAAAGUCAACUGACGGCGAUUGUGAUCGAUUAUCACAUGGAGUACGAUACUAAGAUUACCGCACUACAGUUGGAGAAUUAUUCCCGAUGCAUCACGACACUGUUUCCGCACGAGAAUAAGAAUACGUAUCAUAUUCCUCGGGGACCGACGAGGCGAAACCCGGGCGGUUCGCUGUAUUCAAGGUUUAUCAAUCAGAAAAUAAGCAAGAAAGCCUUGGCCAUCGGCAGUGGCCUGGCGACACCAUUCAACAUGUGAGCUAGUCUGCGGUGUCCGUUUAUUUAGUUACUUACUGUGUAAGAUCUGAUGGCUACUAGUCGAUAUUUGU